AUGAUUGUCAUGUCAUUGCUUCGCAAUUCGAAAAGACUUUACAACCAGAUAGGAGUCUUCCUACCCUUCGAGAGCGAGGGCGAUGAUGAUCGAGUUAUGGAAGACAGUAGAGUGGCAAGAGACGACCGAUUCAUGGACAACGGAUUCCUCUUUGUCAAGAGUAUCAAAAUGGGAAUGAACGGCAAGUUCAACGUCUUUGGCAAUAGAGUAUCAGACAAGAGCAUUUUCAUAGUCCAGUCUGUAUCAACAGGUGAAUUAUUCAUCAAUAAGCUUAUGGAACGGCCUUGGAAUGACAGCACUAAGACAUCAUCUCCGCCGCUCGAACUGAGAGUGUCUACGUAUCCUCACACAACCGGGGACGCUGAUAUAGACCUUCCGAACAAUGGAGGCGACGAUUUUCACCGCAAGGGGCUUCUACCAGACCUGCUUUAUUUCAACAAGCUUCGCUUCUGGCAGGAAUUGGAUGAUCCUAUGGAAGCGGAUUGCUCAGUCUAUUCGCUCUACUUUGAAUACUGCAAUGGAGGAACAUUGGAGAAUAUCAUUGACGCGUAUCAAGCCAAAUUGAUUGCUAUCCCCGAGCACUUUAUCUGGCUUGUAGCAGAACAACUAUUCUUAGCACUGGCAACACUGAAUUUUGGAAGGCAACCCGAUCCCGACGACGACGACCAAUCCUAUGAGCCUGGUGAUUGGGCCCGUAUAUACCAUCGUGACCUGACUGCGAACAACACAUUCAUAAAUUAUCCGCCCAGACGAUCAGGCCGCGUCCCAAAAGCAGGCAUGGAAAGCAACGCGUUUCCGGAAAUCGUAGUCGGAGAUUUUGGGAUGUCAGCAAUAGAAGGCGAUGACCCCUCGACGCUACCGCCAAGCAUUUACCCAGCCCCAGACGACGACGAGGAGGACGAUGAGACAGUCUUGGCACCCUGGGAAGACAUCUGCUCUGCAGGAGAAAUCCUGCGAACCAUGAGCAUGACGCACUUCCCACCCACCAUGGGCUUCGAGCUCAACGUGCGGCCGAACUGCAGGCUCGUGCAGGACGUGAACCAGGCGCCCUCGGCGCCGCCGUACUCGGAUGAGCUCAUUACGAUGCUGCAGCGGUUCGAGUGGCCGAACCAGGAUCAGGCAACUGUCCGGGAGCUAGGGGACGCGUUGGACACGACGUUUCCCAGCCCGAGGUUCCUGAUCGACAUCUUACUUCCUCAGGCACAGCGGCGGGUUGCGCAAUACCGGAACCCAACACCUAAACCAGCUGGGUACUACGACGACAUGGAUAUGUCGUGGACAAAACCACGACAAGUCAUGCCCUUCUCCUACAGCAUGCAGUACGCGACUGAGGCAGGAGACGGGCCCGAUGGAAUGCCUCCCCCCGACGACGACGACGACGACGAUGCUGGUCACGAUGACCAAGACAGGGAAAUGUCAGACCCGCCACCCGACGACGAUGCAGACCAAGAUGAGGACGGGCAGCAAGGAGACGAGCAGCAAGACGAAGGGGGACAGUCGGGGGAUCAGAGCCACUCGAGCGGAGACGAUGAAGAUAGUGAUAUGCCCUUCCCGGGCCCGCCACCUCCACGGCUGGAUGGUGAGCAACUUGCGAUGCGGGAGCUUGGCAAGCUGCACAAGUGGAACAAUGCGAGGCCGCGCUACGAGCUGCGCAGCCUAGAGUUUAAUGUCCCUACCAUAGUACCGCUGAAAAAUGGGCCGCCAUGA